AUGUUGAAUGUUUCCAGGGUAUUCGAAGGGAGGUAUGUGACUUUGUUAUCCCAGUGGAAAUACGCGAGUACUUACCCUCAAUAUAAAGAACAGUUGUCCGCAGCUAAUAUCUAUGUGUCAGUCUUGUCUUCGAAUAAUCCAGAUAAUGAUGGUAAAAAUAAUAGUAGUAAUGAUGAUUAUAAUGAUAUAGAAGAUAAUGAUUGUGAUGAUGCUUAUGUUGUUGAUUAUUAUCAUGUUGAUGAUAAAAAAGAUUAUUAUCGUUAUGAUUAUAGUAUAAAUGAUAAUUAUAAUGAAGAUGAUGUGAAUGACGAUGACACUGAUAAUGUUACUGACGAUGAAAAUGAUGAGGAUGUUAAUGGUAUGCUACACAUACCAUGCUCAAUAAAGAUGGGAAUGGAGGAUAGAUCAAUACAAAAGUUCCAAAUAACAGCGUCAUCCAGUGAAACAGCUUUUCCACCAUACAAUGCAAGGCCAGAUUUAAGCGGCUGGUGCGCGUUGUUAACGGACGAAAAGCCAUAUAUCCAGGUUGAUUUGCUCGUUACAACUGUAGUUGAUGGUAUCACGAUAUUUAACUGGAACGAAACCAAGGAAUCUAUAAUUAGUAACACAUACCAAGCUACAAUUGCUCCUGUUGGAAGUCGAUCUUUUCAGCUAAUGUAUGGUUCCUCACUGAAUAAAUUUGUCCCAUAUAAUAACCGGAGUUUCCAGAUUGACAUGUCUUUAAAGUUCAAUACUGAGCAUCAUUUUGUGCUUUACAAACCAUUUGUUGCUAGAUACAUCAGGGUAUUUCCGCUCGCAAUAGGGACUCUUCCAUGUUUAAAGUUUGAACUAUACGGCUGCAGGAAACAAGGACAACCAUCUGUUUAUUGUCGGAAUGACACCUCUGCAGAACUUUUCACAGAUAUCAGCAUAUCACCGACAUUUGGAACUAGAUUUGCUGGUUACACUGAUACGCAGGCCGAGGAGUGUUUUAACAAAUGUAUGAAUGAAACAGACAAAUGCAGCUUCUUUGAAUAUUAUCGCAAUUUUACUUCGUAUCGUUAUAUGUGUAAUUUAUACUCAACUGAUGAAUUUAAACCACUAUCUGGCAACGAUGAGUUCUACAAGACACAAGCAAAAAGUAGCAGAGAAAUUUACUACGAGGAAGCAUUCGAAUAUUCUGCCUAUAGAGGCAUAUUUAUGUGUUGGAGAAAUACAACACAAUUCCAAGUACCUAGACUUAACCAGAGAUAUACUGGUUUGCUAUACCUGAAUGUGAGCGUUAUAUUAGGCAAACACCAAAGGAGAGUUAUCUUCAAUCCGGGAUACCCAUUUUACUACGACGCACCUCAAAUUUUCUCAUGGGCAAUUCAUGCAGACAACUACAUCAAAAUAGCAUUUUUAGACGUAUCAUUAAAAAGACCUGAUAACGAUAAUCCAUGUUUUAUUAACAUCGCCACCAACAAAACGUGUUCCAAUGACGUCAUUCUACUGUUUAAAAAGCAAAUAGAUUUCGGUUUGCUCAACAACAUAGAAGAUGGCGACUUGAGCAUAGAUUACAAUAGCAAUGGGUUUAAUCCAAUGAUUCGUACAGACGUUCGCUCGCUUUAUAUGUAUUUCUGGACAUACAGACAUGAGGGCGAGGGUCGAGGCUUCAGAGCUCUCUUGUUUUCAGAAGAGCAUCCAGAUUGUGGAUUGCCAGAUUGGGAUCAGGUUUACAGAUGUUAUGAAGGCAGUGUCCGGUUUGCCUCACCAGAACUAUGGCAAAUACCGCAUUCGGCACAUAAAUAUCGUUUUCUGUACCAACCAUCAAUUGAAGACGGAUACAUGCCUAACAUUAAAGUUACCUUUGAAGUGUUUGACGUAAGCUGCAAUACAGAUUCAAGUUUCACAAUAAAGGGACGUUGGAUCAACACUGAAAUUUGCAACCGCAAUAAACCUCAGAGAGCCAUGCUCUUACGUCUAGAGAUGGAAAUAACAUUCACUGUUGCAACAAACAGGGAGCCAUACUACCCUUUGGAAGGAUUUCAAAUACUUGCGCAACAAAUAAAUAGAGAAAAUAGUUCCAAGAUUCCAUCGCCUUCUUUCUUCGACAAUGUAGUUUUUGAAUGCUUUGAUCCCCCUUGUGCUGAGGUGUUGCCUUUUAGGGUUGAGGCAACAGAAUUGCAGCCACCGUUCAUCCAUGCGUGA